CCUGCUCCGCCCGCUGCACGGCCGCGGCCGCGACGGAUUGGCAGCACCGCAGGCCGUCGAUCACCGCGUCCAGCCGUGGCAGGUCCCGCGGCCACUGCGGCGCCUCGGCGCCCGCAUGCGUGCCGCCGGCGCCCGCGGCGGGGGCGGCCAGCAGCAGCUGCCGCCGCGCGGCCUCGGCGGAGGCGACGGCGGCCUCGAGGCGGGCGGCGGCGGCGCGGACGGCCAAGUGCAGGCGGCGCACUAG